AUGGACGUGGGCCCGGACCCUGGGCUGAUGCAGAAGUUCAGCUGCCUGGGCACCGCCGACAAGGACGUGCUCAUCUCCGAGUUCCAGCGGUUGCUCGGCUUCCAGCUCAUCCUGGCCGGCUGCGCCUUCUUCCUGGGCAUGACCAGCUGGAACCUACAAGGAGCAAUUGGCGCCUAUUAUGACUUUGAGAGCCCAAACAUCAGUGUGCCAUCUGUGUCCUUUGUUGAAGAUGUCACCAUAGGAGAACGGGAGUCGAUAUCCCCUUAUGCUCAAUAUAUAAAAACAUGGCGGAUCCAAAAUUCUGGGGCAGAGGCCUGGCCUCCAGGGGAUUGUCCUCAAUAUGUCAGGGGAGACCAGCUUGGACGUGUGAACAUGGAGUUGGUGAGAUUGCUAAAGCCCCAGGAGAUUGCAGAUGUCAGCGUCCAGAUGUGCAGCCCCAGCAGAGCCGGAAUGGAUCAGGGACCGUGGCGGAUGUGCACUGCUACAGGACUCUACUAUGGAGAUGUCAUCUGGGUCAUUCUCAGUGUGGAGGCGGGUGGACUUUUAGGAGGAGCACAGCAGCUGUCAUCUUUUGAAACGGAGUUCCACAUACAGCCACAUCGCAAGGUAGAAGGAAACUUCACCCCGUUUGCCUCUCCCCCAAAGAACCGAGAGGUGAAAACAAAAGAUGCUGGGGGUUCCGGGUUCGACUCCAUCAGCAAAAACACAUGGGCUCCCGCGCCUGACCAAACCGAGCAGGAUGAGAGUAGACUCUGCCAGAGCUCUGUAAAUCUGCCCCCCAGCAGUCACGCAAACAACAUCAGUAGCGACUUACAGUAA